GCUGGGGUCUGUAGUCUGAGCGCUGCCCGGUUGCUGCUGCCCAGGGACCGCGGACCCGGACGCAGGUAGGAGGGCGGCCGCGCAGACCUCUCGCCUGCUCCUGCCCAGGGGCUCGGCCAGGGCCAUGUGAGCUUGAGGUUCCCCUGGAGUCUCAGCCGGAGACAACAGAAGAACCGCUUAUUGAAACUCCUUGGGGGUUCUGAUACACUAGGGGGAGUUUUAUGGGAAAGAGGAAGCAGUAAUUGCAGUGACCCCCGUUAGAAGGGGCUUUCUACCUCCCCAGCAUUCCCCCAAAGCAGGGACCACACCAUUCUUGACCCAGCUCCACCCCUGUCGGCAGACCAUGUGGACCCUGGUGAGCUGGGUGGCCUUAACAGCAGGGCUGGUGGCUGGAACGUGGUGCCCAGAUGGUCAGUUCUGCCCUGUGGCCUGCUGCCUGGACCCCGGAGGAGCCAGCUACAGCUGCUGCAGUCCCCUUCUGGACAAAUGGCCCACAACACUGAGCAGGCAUCUGGGUGGCCCCUGCCAGGUUGAUGCCCACUGCUCUGCCGGCCACUCCUGCAUCUUUACUGUCUCAGGGACUUCCAGUUGCUGCCCCUUCCCAGAGGCCGUGGCAUGCGGGGAUGGCCAUCACUGCUGCCCACGGGGCUUCCACUGCAGUGCAGACGGGCGAUCCUGCUUCCAAAGAUCAGGUAACAACUCCGUGGGUGCUGUCCAGUGCCCUGAUAGUCAGUUCGAAUGCCCGGACUUCUCCACGUGCUGUGUUAUGGUCGAUGGCUCCUGGGGGUGCUGCCCCAUGCCCCAGGCUUCCUGCUGUGAAGACAGGGUGCACUGCUGUCCACAUGGUGCCUUCUGCGACCUAGUUCACACCCGCUGCAUCACACCCACGGGCACCCACCCCCUGGCAAAGAAGCUCCCUGCCCAGAGGACUAACAGGGCAGUGGCCUUGUCCAGCUCAGUCAUGUGUCCGGAUGCACGGUCCCAGUGCCCUGAUGGUUCUACCUGCUGUGAGCUGCCCAGUGGGAAGUAUGGCUGCUGCCCAAUGCCCAAUGCCACCUGCUGCUCCGAUCACCUGCACUGCUGCCCCCAAGACACUGUGUGUGACCUGAUCCAGAGUAAGUGCCUCUCCAAGGAGAAUGCUACCACGGACCUCCUCACUAAGCUGCCUGCGCACACAGUGGGGGAUGUGAAAUGUGACAUGGAGGUGAGCUGCCCAGAUGGCUAUACCUGCUGCCGUCUACAGUCGGGGGCCUGGGGCUGCUGCCCUUUUACCCAGGCUGUGUGCUGUGAGGACCACAUACACUGCUGUCCCGCGGGGUUUACGUGUGACACGCAAAAGGGUACCUGUGAACAGGGGACCCACCAGGUGCCCUGGAUGGAGAAGGCCCCAGCUCACCUCAGCCUGCCAGACCCACAAGCCUUGAAGAGAGAUGUCCCCUGUGAUAAUGUCAGCAGCUGUCCCCCCUCCAAUACCUGCUGCCAACUCAUGUCUGGGGAGUGGGGCUGCUGUCCAGUCUCAGAGGCUGUCUGCUGCUCGGACCACCAGCACUGCUGCCCCCAGGGCUACACUUGUGUAGCCGAGGGGCAGUGUCAGCGGGGAAGCGAGAUUGUGGCUGGACGGGAGAAGAUGCCUGCCCACCGGGCUUCCUUAUCCCACCCCGGAGACAUCGGCUGUGACCAGCACACCAGCUGCCCAGUGGGGCAGACUUGCUGCCCGAGCCUGGGUGGGGGCUGGGCCUGCUGCCAGUUGCCCCAUGCUGUGUGCUGCGAGGAUCGCCAGCACUGCUGCCCGGCUGGCUACACCUGCAACGUGAAGGCCCGAUCCUGCGAGAAGGAAGUGGUCUCUGCCCAGCCUGCCACCUUCCUGGCCCGUAGCCCUCACGUGGGUGUGAAGGACGUGGAGUGUGGGGAAGGACACUUCUGCCAUGAUAACCAGACCUGCUGCCGAGACAACCGAGGGGGCUGGGCCUGCUGUCCCUACCGCCAGGGCAUCUGUUGUGCUGAUCGGCGCCACUGCUGUCCUGCUGGCUUGCGCUGCGCAGCCAGAGGUACCAAGUGUUUGCACAGGGAGGCCCCGCGCUGGGACGCCCCUUUGAGGGACCCAGCCUUGAGACAGCUGCUGUGAGGGACAGUAUUGAAGACUCUGCAGCCCUCGGGACCCCACUCGGAGGGUGCCCUCUGCUCAGGCCUCCCUAGCACCUCUCCCCAACCAAAUUCUCCCUGGCCCCGAUUCUGAGCUCCCCAUCACCAUGGGAGGUGGGGCCUCAAUCUAAGGCCUUCCCUGUCAGAAGGGGGUUGUGGCAAAAGCCACAUUACAAGCUGCCAUCCCCUCCCCGUUUCUGUGGACCCUGUGGCCAGGUGCUUUUCCCUAUCCACAGGGGUGUUUGUGUGUGUGCGCGUGUGCGUUUCAAUAAAGUUUGUACACUUUC